GAGAUUUCAUAUAGAAUUUGAAUAAUAAAAUGCUGUGAGAUUUUCUUUUCAGACCGGAUUCUGUAUUUACAGAGGGACCGUAAAACAAAUAAAACUACUAUAUACGAAGUUCAAAGAUAAACUCUGCGCUCCGCCUUAACACGCCUCCACGCGCUUCAGGAGCGCUUCAAGAUCGCAGAAUAACCAGCGCGCGCCGAACAAAGCGUGCGCACUUCAAACUUUUAGACAUUUUCGUUAGACUGAAUUUAUAUAUAGUAAAAUUACCCAAUCAUGAGUAUAUCUAAGGCGUCUAAAAUUAAGAAGCUAUUUGGGAAGUCAAAAAGUUUCGAUAAGGAUCACAGGGAUGCUGAGAGGAGUGAGAGCCUGAGGGUGACUUCACGCGUAGACGAGCGCGCAAGUUUCACAGAUUCGUCCAUGACUUUACCGUCGAACCCCGAGCUCCCCAGCCGUAGAGAUGCCCCCGUAUACCCGGACUCGCUGCCCACCAGCCACAGCGAAAAGAAGAAGAGACGUUUCCCGACCUUUCGGUCCAAAAAGAAAUCUAAGGAUAAAGAUCUGCAGUUUCUCAGCAGCACUGGAGAUCUGGACUCUGUAUUCAACAACACGAGUUUUGAUCAGAUGAGCAUCCGGACGGAUGACUAUUUCAUGACCGACACCUGCCCCACCCCUGUUCGCUCUCGGACAAACUCAGUGAUAAGCCUGGAUCGCGCCUCACUUCCAGAUCCAACAUCUCCAACACGAAAACACAGGAAGAGUUCUGAGGAGAAAAGUGGAAGUGUUCUUAACCGUAUUGGAAACCUUUUCUCGCGGAGGAAAAAAAGCAGAACCAUAUCAGAUGACAGGGAUGAAAUCGUGUCACCAAAUACAAACAGCCCAACCAAAUCCCCAGUAUUCGAAGAACUGAGACGGACCCCCAGUGGUGGUUUAUACAGAGAGAAUUAUGAUUCAGUGUUUGGGUCGGCGCAAAGACGAAGUCCCAGCGUGUGUAGCGUAGCCUCCCUCAUUGCAGACGGAGGUGAUUUACCAUUUGCUGACAGCGGCAGUAGCGGACGAGGGAGCGUAAAAGAGGUGGAAGUUGUCAAGGUGAGUAGGGUCGAGACUUGCUGCGAUGGAAAGACUGAACGUCUCGUAACAGAGGCCAGCAGGAAGCUCAAGGUGUACCUUGAGGAGACAAGAGAUGAAAUCUCAGACGCAACACUAAAGAAAUGUGCAGAAGACCCUAUACAAACCCCUGAAACGCCAAAGUCCCCCAUAGUCUUAGGGGGGACAGAGAGUAAAAAGACAGUUUUGAAACCCACUAUCAGAGGAAGCGGGAAUUACACGGCACUUGUCGGAGUGACUCUCGGUUCACAGUCCAGAAGCCCGUUGUCCUCUGACAGUCAGCGUGGAGAAGAGACAAAGACUGAUCACAUGGGGAAGAAAAACAGUGGCAAACGAAUGUCACGCAAACUAAGCAAUAAUGAGUCUCUCACUUCAACAAUAGCCACAUCCCCUGAGGCAGAGGAGAGCUCAUCGCAGUCUUUUCCUUCCCCUGGUCAAGUAUACAGAGCCGUGUGGGCGGAAACUCACCUGACAGAGGAGGAGAGUGUGAGCUCCAUUACUGACUCACUCUCUUAUGUAGAACUUGAUCCAGCCAGCCCAGUGGAGCGCUAUUUUGCACUCGACACAGCUACCAUCAACACUCCUGGUCCUCCGCAAGUGCCAGAGCCAGCCACCUGCACCACAAAGGCCUUUGAGGAGCACAGCACAAAAGCAUCUGAGCCAGACACUGAGGAGAGCUUUAUUUCUAAAGACCAGAGUGCUGAAAGCUACGCGGAGAAACGCAGAAGCUUAAAACUGUCACAGAGCGAGAAAGUCUUUGCUAAAAGAGUGUUUGUUAGUCCUCAGUCAAGUGUGGACGGGGAUGAACAAGCUGAAACAGAGACCCAAAGUGAGACAAACUUGGAAAUAACGCAGAAUAUCCAGCAGGUUAAGGUGAAAAUAUUAUCAACCACCAAUAGUGUGAAUGUCAAGCAUUCCAACCAACAGACACAUGCAUCAGUAGAAGAAGUCACUGAAGGUGCAUUAAAGCAGCCUCUUGAUAAGGAUGUUGAUAGCCCCACUGAACUUUCAUCGGAAAAUACAGAAGCUACAGACAUCAAGGAGGAAUCUAAUUUCCUAGAAAUGACAAGUCAUAAAGGACUAUUUAAUACUGUUGUGAGCAGUCCUCAAAACUCAUCUAUGUCAUCCAAGCGUAUGGACAGAGCAGGUAGUGGGUCAAAUGGUGGAAUUAAAGCUAAGAGCCCUCCACCACAAGUUGCCCCUAAAACAAAAGUUGUGAUAUCUCGAAUUAAAAGCCUGUCUGAUGCAUCAAAGAUAGAUGUUACUACAGUAGGGAGGAUUUCACAGAAACACUCGGAUCAAAAAGAGAUUAAAUCUCCAACUGCAAAGGAGCAAUCAGUUUCAUUCAAUAAAUCAACUGACAUCAAGUCCAAAAUUCCCAAGAAAACAGCACCAGAGGUUCUUUCAAAACCAAAGAAAGUGGUAGAGGUUGUUACAGUAUAUGAUUUGCCCUCAAAAGCAGAAGGUCAGAAGAUCACCAAACAUCAGAAUGAGGCAGAAUCAAUAACCUCAGUGCAGAAGAUGUCACCCACUAAGUUAGUGGAAGAGAAAGAUGUUUUGGACACCUCAGUAAAACCAAAAAUGUCUCAACCCACUAAAGAACAGGUCACACUUUCAAAGCCUAAAAGAAGUCUAAAAAAAUCAGUCUCUGAAGAUAAAAACGAUAAAUCCCCGUCUUCCCCAUCCUCAAUGGAGAAUUCCGGUUCAAAAUUUAACACAGAAUUCAGAGCAUACAAAGAUAUCCAAAGGUCCAAAACACAACCAUCAAUUGUCAGUGAUCAAAAUCCAACAUCAAAGAGUAGUUUUCAUUACUCAAAGAGUAAAAUGACUGAGGCAAAAGUCAAAUCAUGUGACGCUGGUAGCAAAACAGCUACACAUGACAACAAAGCCGAGACAAACUCACUUUCUUCCUCAGCGCCUGCCAGUCACCAAUCAGAGCAGAAACCUACAAAUGAAACCCAGCUCAGUGGGCCAAAGAGUCCAAAAAAAUUCAUGACUGAUGUGUUACCAGCAGUGAGGAAACUUCCUCGAACGACACCAAAGGGUCUUCUAAAACAGCCCUCAGAUGGAGAAGUUGCCCAUGGAGAAAGUGAGUCAUAUCAACCAUCCUCACUGCCACUUACCAUGCCAGAGAGAAGUGAGUCAAUCCUGGUUACCAGUUCUGUCAUUGAUGACAACUCUUCUGAAUGUGACCAAACCACUUGCAAUGUUGUGGUUAAGGCAUCACCAGAGCCCAAAGAGAAAUGUCCUUUCAAAGAGGUGGUUGAUUUUCCAUCAGCAGCGCCAAGUCUCCAAAGUCCCACUAAACCCAAACCCAAGAGAGAUUUUAGGAAGACAGAGCAAACUACAGCUUUGGAUCCAAAUAUAAAUACAGCUGAAAAGACUGCAAGUUUGCACAUUACACCAACAGCCUCUCUGAAAUCUGAUGCUGAAACUGGCAAAGUGGAAAUUAUUGAUGAACAACUGAAAGCUACUUCCAAAACAAAGAACUGUGAAAAAUCUGGGGAUGCUGAGAAUACAGUCAGACCACACAUGCCACUUUCAACAAACAGUGAUUUACAAUCCGUCCAACAACAGAUAGAAUCAGAUCUAACGAUUUCAAUGGACCCACAAGUACAAGAUGCACUAGACAAGCAAUCAGAUGUUGUUAAAUCAGAUGUUGUGCAAUCAGAUGUUGAUGUUGUUGAAAACGGCAAGGUUGGGUUGGAGAAAGAGAAUUGUGCCCUUGCUAAGGCAGAUGAAAUUUCCACAAUAACAGAGACGGGUCACUACACAUCCAGCGAUCUGAGCACUAAAGGUACUGAACAGUCUUGGUCUUCUCGGGAAAAUGCAUCCAUCCAACAACCGACAGAAUCAGAUCUAUUAGUUUCAUCAGACCCACAAGUCCCAGCUGCAACAGAAGAGCAAUCAGAUGUUGUCGAAAAGAAUUAUCCUGUUGAAAAUGACCAGGUUAGGUUGGAGAAAGAGAAUUGUGACCUUGGUAAGGCAGAUGAAAUUUCCACAAUACCAGAGACGGAUCAUUACACAUCCAGUGUUUGGAGCACUCAAGGUGCGGAGCAGUCUUGCUCUUCUCAGGAAAAGACCUUUGGAGUCAUUUCAGAGAAUUCAUCUGAGACAAACCAGAAGAUUAAAACUAAAGAACACAGUGUAAAAAAUGGUGUAAAUUCAGAUUUUAAACAACCAGAAAUAAUACCCACAAUUACACAACUAGAUAUCUCAAGAAUUGAUUACGUUAAAAUUGAACAAGAAAGUGGUAAAUCCAAUGUAUCGGAGAAGCAAUCAAACUCAGAGACAACUGCUGAGUUAGGUGACACAAGUAAAUCUCCAAACCUGGAGUGUGUCAAACUAAAUGAGAUUAAUAAGUUAAAGGAAGUUGAUGAGACGCCAGUAGCGGUGAUAAUGACUCCAGAGGCUCCUUCUAAAGCAGAACCUGUUCAAAAUGGUGAUCAGACUUUAGAAAAGAAACUUCCAUCACUUAAAAUACCAGAUAAACAGACUUCCAAAGUGGACAUAAAGAGUGCAGUCCAAAUUAAAAACACAGAAUCCCAUGUGAAAAUCAAGGACCCUACAAAGGUUAAAGAUAAAAUGCCAGCUUGUAACCUAAAAAAAAUGAAACCACCAGAUGACCAAAGUCUUCACCAGUUUACAUCUCAGAGUCUUCCUAUGGACUCCAAAAACCUCUCAAAAAAUAACAAGGCACCAUCGAGUUGGUUAGAUGUUGACCAAAGUUUUGAGAAGAAGAAAACAGAGAGACGAAUGGAUUGUUCUGCAAGUGAUGAUAAUCAGCUUGACACUUCCGAUGAUUUUGAGGAUUUCAUUUGUAACAUCAAGAAGCACUGUUCGCCUUUUUCUUUGCCACCCAGAAAACAUGGGCAGAACAAGAUGCCAUCACCACCUUUCGCCAUGCCUGCCAUUAAAGAAGAUCACUUUGAGAAGAUAUUCGAUCCAGAACAAUUCCAGUUUGGUUCAAGAAAAACUGCAGGACCUAAAGACCCCUCUCCAGCCAUGAUUAUCAAGAAGAAAAAUGAAGAGACAAAAAACAAUCCACCAUCCAAACGAUCUGAGGACAGCCUGCUUUAUAAAGCUCUCUCCUCAAGGCGGGAACAAGACAAAGCUGAAAAGGUUGCAAUCACUGUGGAGAAAAAUGAUGGCGAAAACAAUAACAUUACAGAAGGAUCUAGAAAACUUUCCUCAAGGUUGGAAAGAAUGUCAAUCCUCUCAAACCUCAUGAACUUGCCAAAUAUGUCUAGAAAAACCCGAACCGAACCAAGUGCUCUCAUUAACGGGAUUGUCUCACCCACAACACCACCCCCAGAGCCAGUGGUAACCUCAGGAGAGAAGAAAGACAUGCCUCUAUCCCAUGCUGUCACAAUUCCAAAAGAAGGGCAUGGUAAUUUGUCAGAUCAAGGCAGUGUAACGGGAAAAAUUCUUGAUUCGAUAAAGAGUCCAUACACAUCUCCUCCUCUUCCGACAUUUUCAGAAGUCAAGCUGCCUGAGUUUUUGGAGAAAUACAUAAAUAAAGGCAAAGAAUCAAAUGCAGUGAGUCAGCAAAGGCCUGACACAAGUUCUCUUCCUCCAUUUGAUGUUAGCAGCACUUCCAGCACAUUUACUGCCAACAUGGCCCUGCAAGACGUUUCAGGAUUAACAUCUCCAUCUAUAACAUCUAACACUAUUGAACAGUUUCCACUGCCUACACCCACCAGCCUUUCACCAACAUGUGCAGAGACACCAACUGUAAGAGGCUUCCACAGACGCCCUGGAAAGAUUGUGAUAUACCAGCAAGCUCAGUUUGGCGGAGAGGCAUAUGAGGUGUUCAGAGAUAUAGAGGAUGCCACCUCACUGAAACUCUCUCCAGUCAUAUCCUUAAAGGUCGUCAGAGGAUGCUGGCUGCUGUAUGAAAAGCCAGGCUUCCAGGGCCGUUCCAUUGCUCUGGAGGAGGGGCCAUUAGAAGUAGCAAAUGAGUGGGCAGAGACAGAGCCCAGUGGGGAGGUGGGGCCAAAUAGCUUGCCACUCCCAACCACACCCAUGGUCAUUGGUUCCAUUAGACUUGCAUUGAGGGACUACAGCCUACCAAAAAUCGACCUGUUCACAGAGGUGAAUGGGAUGGGCCGAAUGACUUCAUUCUGUGAUGACACUAUAGAGAUCUGUUCAUUUGGGAUUCCUCAGAGUACUGGGUCCAUUAAGGUCCAUUCUGGAGUAUGGAUGGUCUUUAGUGAUCCAGGUUUCCAGGGGCUCUUGGCCGUAUUGGAGGAAGGAGUUUAUCCAUGCCCUGAGAACUGGGGCUUCCCGACCCCAUUUGUCGGAUCACUGCGGCCUCUGAAAAUGGGUGAAAUUAAGGUGGAAAAUCCCAAUGAAACUAAGGCGAUGCUGUUUGAAAAGCCGAUGUUUCAAGGGGAGUUCAUAGAGAUUGAAAGGGACAUUUACAGCUUUGAUGAAGAAGAGGAAGACAAGACUGCAGAAGAGGAGAAAGAAAGCCCUGACAGCACCUCUGUGCAGAAGAGGAAGAGGCUCAGUUCUGUGGGCUCAAUAAAAAUUCUGAGUGGCCUCUGGGUGGGCUAUUCUGCACCAGGAUUUGAGGGUCACCAGUAUCUUCUGGAGGAGGGAGAGUAUGCAGACUUCACUGACUGGGGUGGAUUGGAAGACGGGCUCUUCUCUAUAUGUCCUAUAUUAGCAGAUUAUAUGACUCCUCACAUGAGAAUGUUCAGCGAACGAGAGUUCAGUGAAAGAGGGAUGAAUGUGGACCUACUGGAACCUGUCAUCAACAUGGAAAACACUGGCUUUGGCAUAAAGACACAAUCUGUGGAAGUCCUCUCUGGCGUGUGGAUAGCAUUUGAGAAUGCACGAUUCUCGGGUGAGCUGUAUGUUCUACAGAAAGGUCUCUAUGCCAGCCCGAAAGACUGGGGCGCAAAGAACUACAAGAUCUCAUCUCUGCAGCCUGUGGUUUUGGGUCAGACUGAAGGGCUGUCCAGAUAUAAGGUGCAGUUGUUCUCUGAGCCAGGGUUUCAGGGAGAAGUUUUGGCCUUAGAAGAAAGUGUGGCAUUCCUGCCAGAGGGAUUCCACCCCAUGUCCUGCAAGGUUCUAGCUGGGAGCUGGGUGGUGUUCGAUGGCCCACAGUUCACAGACAACAUGUACGUACUGGAGGAAGGAGAAUACCCAAACCCUGAGGCUCUGGGCUUGCUCAACUCAAACUGCAAAAUCAGCUCUGUCCAUACUGUAGGACAUGAGUUUUCUAUCCCCUCUAUUACACUCUUCUGUAAAUCCAGCUUCAGAGGGCGUAAAAUAGUUUUGACGGACGGAGCUGUGAACCUGUCUCUGGCUGGGAUUGAUGGGCGGGUCAACUCUCUGUUGGUGAAUGGAGGAAUAUGGGUGUUGUAUGAAUACAGCAACUUCUGUGGUUGUCAGGUUCUGCUCCAUCCCAGUGAGAUUGGCGAUUGGCAGAAGUUCAGAGGCUGGAAGCAGAUUGGCUCUCUACGUCCAUUACUGCAGAAACGUGUUUACUUCCGGUUGCGUAGUGCAGAGACAGGCUGCUUGAUGUCUCUCUCCGGGUCCCUCGAGGAUAUAAAACUGCUCCGGGUCCAGGUGCUGGAAGAAUCCGGAGGUCCAGAGCAGAUCUGGGUCUAUGAGAACGGACUACUGCACUGCAAGCUGCUAGAGAACUGUUGCCUGGAGACCUCUGGGGGUGUUAUAAUGGCAGGUUGCAGGUUGAAUAUCUCACCUGAACCAGGCAAAGACAAUCAGUUCUGGAGCAUCACAGGAGAUGGGAUCAUACGCAACAACCUAAAGCCUGAACUUGUGCUGGAGGUCAAAGGUGGCCAACAGUAUGAUAAAAACCAGGUGAUUCUCAACACUUUUAAUGAACAGAAAACAAACCAGAGGUGGACCGUGGAAAUCCUUUAGUGCUCGAGUCACAACACAAUGAAUUUCUGUCACUCCUUAAUAAUCAGUAGAAGCUCUGAAAGAGGACAUUUUGCAGUUCGUCUUCAAGACCAAUGCCCUGUCCCGGGGUGGAACGGUAUGGGGGGCUUUGGAUCGAGAUUACAGCACUCUAAAUGAGUCAUGCCUCGAUGGACAUUGAACUUCAACUGCAUGAACUACAUCAAGGACCCUUUUUCACUUUAGAUGGUUAAGACAUGAUGUGUUCAUAUGAUAAUAGAUUAGACCUAUCCCAAUUUCACAUUCAACUUUGCAGAGUCAGAGGAACAUAAUUAAGAACAGCCCUGACUGCAAUACUAUGAUAUUAUCCCAGGGGGCACUCUAGCAUUAAUAUUUGCUGCACUUCAGGUGAUGUUUUUUCAUUCUUCUCAAUGUCAGGCAGCAAUUUAAUGCCACUCUCUCACUCAAAACAGAAUGUGUGACCUUAUCCACAUAUAUAAUGUUACAGUUGAAGUUAAUGUGAAUUUUUCACAUUUAAAUUUGAUAGCAGCAACUCUAAUGAAACUUUUAAAGAAAAACCAUUGCUCGUAUAAACAUUUCUAUUAUGUCUUGCUGAUCUGGCAUCAGUUCACUCCUGUUCACAUACUUGCAUUCAUUGGAAAGGCAACUGAUCCUAGAUCAGCUGUUCUGCUCUCAAAGCUUUCUUGCUCUUUCCAGAUAAGGAUUUGCUUUUUGUGUACAUUUUCGAAAGAUGUAAUGUUUUUAGUGAACGAUAAAAGUAUCUCUUUUAUAACGUGAUAAACUGUCACUUUUGGAGGUUCAUGUUCAAAAUUCCAAAAUAUACUGUUACAUUUUAAAUAACGUGAGUUUAUUGUUGCAUUGUUUUCAAAUCAUUUAUUAAUGAGAGAUGCAAUUAAGCUUAUAAAAAGAGCAUAUACUGUACAGUAUAUGACAUGAUAAAAAUGGACCUCAAUCGACCAAAAUAAAGACACUGUUAAUCUAA